UCCGUGCCACGUGACAAUGUUUACUUUGCUCUAUCUAGACAAUAAACAGCUGAAACAGUCAGCUGCACACCGACCGUUGAGUCCGGAAAUGUUUUAGUUACCUGGCCUGUUAACCAGACACAGCAGAUAAAAGAGAUGAGCCUCCCCAGACAGACCAGAGACCUGGUGAGCAUCUAUGAUCAGAGUUUGGAGCAGCAGAUCGUGGGUCAAGGCUCCAGCCUGGCCUGUGGAGAUGAGGACCUGUGGAGGCAGGUGGAGGUCCUGCUGAAGGACGGAGAGGCUCAGGAGACACACUGCCUGGGGGUGGACCCGCUGAGGGUGAUGGAGGAGUCGCUCACAGCAGCACCAGCAGGCGGGGCGGCGCGACUCAGAGCCAGAGCAGGGCUGAAGGGCCUGGCCAAAGCCUUCGAGGUCCUGGAGCAGGCGGCCCUGAACCUGUACCUCGGUCACUGGCGUGCCGAGUACAAAGUAGUCAAGAUGUAUUCCGGUCUGUUCACCCACUACAUCAGGCCGGUGCUGUCCCUUCCUCAGAUAGAGGAGCUGUUCGGGCUGCUGGGGUACCAGCCCAGCCCCCGCGCAGAGCAGCUGCGCCUGGCCCGGGUCUCUGCUGAAUCCCUGGACCACCUCCUGGCUCUGUCCUGCGCCUUCUUCCUUGCCCGCUGCGAGUGUCGCCUCCUGCUUGCGGCUCUGGGGCGGCACGCUGGGGAGGCCCAGUGGGAGCUGGGGGUGGUGAGGGAGAGGCAGAGGGGACGCAGCCUACAGGUUGCCCUGGACAACACCAAGAAGACCCUGGAUGUCAAUCAGCCGUUUGAUGGAGAAGGGGAGAUGGAUCUCUACACGGAUGAGUACGUUAAAGGGGUGGGAAAGGAGACGGUUCUCAUUGACGACGAGAGUCCCCGCUCUUUAACCUGGGUGACUCAAAGCAGUGCCCCCCCCCCCGCUGUCAAAACACACAGCAACGGAGUGGCGUCCUUGUCUGCCACGGCCACCUCUCUUUCUGCCAAAGAGCAGGUCUGCAUCUCUACGCUCAACUGCCAGCUGAGCAAGACCUCCCCCCUGGAGGCGGACCCUCCCAGGAGCUCCUCAGCCUGCGGGAGGCAGGGCCGGCGUCCCUGCAGAGAGCCCCGGUUUGACAGAGUGGACUCCCAGUCCCGCAGUCUGCAGUUAGACAUGAGUGGUUACCGUCACAGCGAGGCUGAAGCCGACCACAGCUGCCUCUGCCUCCAAUCAGCUCAUCUCUGUCCUAAAGUCUGCACUGAAUGCAAUGCCUUGCACAACAUUGACUGCAACAAGCUUGAGCUCUGCUUCAGGAAGAAGCACCGAGUGGAAGAAUUGAGAGCUUCGUCUCCCCAGGGACAGAGCCUCAGAGUGAGUGAUAUGAGCGCAUCGCAAACUCUCAGCAGCAACGCAGCCAUGUCCUCCUUAGCUCUGCGUGAUGAGCAUAAAUCAAUAAGUCAACCUCUUCAUCGGAUCACCUACCAUGACUGCUGCGACAUGACCAAGCCGGACCCCCAGUUCAUGUGUCUCAGCUGCAGUGUCUUUCACUCUGGUUCCUGCAAAGGGAUAGAGUAUUGCCGGAGAGAUCACGGCCUGCAGCCCCUGGGCGUGUGCUCCUGUGGGAGGACCUGCUUCAGGAAGCCUCUGGUUCUCUGCAGAUAUUGUGGAAAUGAGUAUUGUAGUGAUUGCUGGUACAGAAAUCCUGUAACCUGUGAUUGUGGCCAAACCUUUGACCAAUCAUCUUCUGUGUGAUUUGUAUUUGAAAAGUAUUGCACUUAUCAGGCACAAUUAGCAAAAUCACAGUGCCUUAAAUCUGCAUACUGUAAACAGAAUUCAAAUCAAAAUGUUGCCUUGAAACAGAACCGACAUGUAGUAUUGAGUGUGUCUGUUUUUUUAUUAUGGUCUUCUCUCUGAGACUCAUCACUCGAUCAUCCAGUUAUUCUGUAAGUGCCAUAUGAACCAUAAUCGCCAUUUUGGAAGUGUUGUAUAUUGUCAAACAUGAAGUUGUGUUAUAGUUUGUGCUCUUGGGUCCCCAAAUGUAAUUAAGUGUCAAGCACAAGAAUGUCUGCUUUUACAUGUAUGCUUCCUGCAGAGGACACACAAAAAAGGUCAAUGAGCCAGUUGUCUGUGUGUGAUGUUUUUAUGAUACAAGAGGAACUCACUUUGGUGAAAGUGGAGUUAUGUACCAAUAAAACUCUGAAAAGGUACUAGCUCAAGUAAUUGUAUUGACUCAUUACAUACA